CGAGCCCUCACAAAGAUGGCGCCGAGCGAUGCCCCCAGUGCCCGGAAGUGUCGCUGCCCCUCCCGCAGCUGGCGGCGGCACCCGUCGGACACGUCACGGGUAAAGGGACGCUCCCCCGCUUCGCGGGACGGACGGUGGCCGCCCAGGGUCGCGCCCAAGAUGGCGGCGGCGGCGGGGCCCGGGCUGCCGCGGGGCCCGGAGGCGGCGGCGCUCUUCGAGGCGCACACGACGGCCGAGCUGCGCGAGGUGGAGCGGCGGCUGCGGGCGGGCAUCGAGCAGAAGCGGGAGGAGCUGCGGCAGAUGGUGGGGGAGCGCUACCGGGACCUCAUCGAGGCGGCCGACACCAUCGCCGAGAUGCGCCUCAGCGCCGAGCACCUGCUGGGGGCGGUGCGGGGCCUGCAGCGCGGGGCGCCGGGGCCGCGGGGCGCCCGGGGGGCCCAGACUACGCUGCACUCGCAGGAGAAGUUCUAUGGCACCGCAGCGCAGAUCAAGCUGCUGCUGGAGAUUCCCGAGAAGAUCUGGAGUGCCAUGGAGGCCUCUCAGUACUUACGUGCCACUCAUCUCUACCUGCUCUGCUGCCAUCUCCACAGCCUCCUGCAGCUGGAUUCCUCCAGCUCCCGUUACAGUCCCAUCCUUGCACGCUUCCCCAUCCUUGUACGACAAGUGGCAGCAGCUAGCCACUUUAGAUCCACCAUACUGCAUGAAAGCAAAUCGCUGCUAAAAUGCCAGGCCGUUUCUGACCAAGCAGUGGCAGAGGCCUUAUGCUCCAUCAUGCUUUUGGAGGACAGCUCUCCACGCCAAGCCCUGACAGACUUCCUGCUGGCCAGGAAGUCAGCUGUUCAGCAGCUUCUGAACCAGCCACAUCACGGUGCGGGAAUAAAAGCUCAGGUGUGUUCGUUGAUGGAGUUGCUAACCACCACCUUGUACCAAGCUCAUGUCCUGUUUUACACUCUGCCUGAAGGGGUGCCCUCAGAUCCGACCCUGCCCUGCAGCUUGCUCUUUUCAAUGCUGGAGACCACAACAGGCCAGGAUCCAGCAGGUAAAGGCAUCAAAGUUUUGAAAGAGGAGAUGCAGCUGAGCAGCUGGUUCAAAUAUCUACCACUGUCCAUUGUAGAGUUCCAGCCAACCCUCCGAACCCUGGCACAUCCAAUCAGCCAGGACUACCUGAGAGAGACUCUUCAGAAGUGGAUUAACAUGUGUAAUGAAGAUAUCAAAUCUGGGCUUAUCACUCUGCUGGGCUACGUGAAGAGCCUGAAAGGCCUAGCCGGCAUCCGUGACGCUGUGUGGGAGCUGCUCACUGGUGAGUCCAUGAGCCAGAACUGGGACACAGUGUGUCAUCGACUCUUGGACAAGCCCAUCUCCUUCUGGGAGGACUUGCUGCGCCAGCUUUUCUUGGACAGGUUACAGACCCUGACGAAGGAAGGAUUUGACUCCAUCUCCAGCAGUUCGAAACAGCUUCUUAUCUUAGCUCUACAGGAGCUUGAAGUCAAGUCCAGUACCUCCACCCCCAGCAAGCACAUCCAAUUUGAACACAACAUGGCUUUGUUUCUGUGGUCAGAGAGCCCCAGCGACAUGCCUUCUGAUGCUGCCUGGGUCAACGUGGCAAACCGCAGCCAAUUUGCAAAGAGUGGCCUGUCUAUGAAGGCCCAGGCUCUCACUCCCUGCGUGCAGAGCUUCUGUUCUGCCUUGGAUACCAAACUGAAGGCCAAACUGGAUGACCUUCUGUCCUACCUGCCCUCUGACUCUUCCACACCCAAAGAGAUAUUGGGCGUGCAGUCCAGGAACUCUGCUUUUGAUAGAUAUGCUGAUGCUGGCACCGUAGAAGAGCUGCUCCGUGAUCACUGCAUUACCUGCAUCCAGUAUGUCUUGGGCUGUGUUAGAGAAGAGCUGCAGAGUGCUGAGGACAAGCUGAAAGGACACACAGACGCUCUGAACGAUGCCAAACUUAAUACCGUCCUCUUCAUGGCAAGACUUUGUCAGUCACUAGGUGAACUGUGUCCUCACCUGAAGCAGUGCAUUCUGGGUAAAUCAGGCAGCACAGAGAAUGUAAUGAGGGAGACCCGGUCUUUUAAAAAGCCGGGGAAAGGGAAAGUCCAGGAGGUGAAUCCCAUGCAGGCCAAGUGGCAGGAAGUGAAAGAACAACUCCUGCAACAGAGCCUGUUUGCAUAUCAGAUUUGGAGCUCAACUGUUAUAAAAGUCCUGGUUCACAGUUUCACCAAAACUUUGCUGCUAGAUGCAGCUGGCUCUAUCUUAGCUACGGCCACCAACUGGGAUGAAAUUGAAAUUCAGGAGGAGACAGAAACAGGAAGCAGCAUAACGUCAAAGAUCCGACUCCCUGUACAGCCAUCCUGGUAUGUUCAGUGCCUCCUCUUCAGCUUGUGUCAAGAAGUCAAUCGGGUUGGAGGUCACGCUCUACCAAAGCGUACCUUGCAGCUGCUGCUGAAGACCUGCCUGGCGGAAGUGCUGGCUGGCUAUGAGAAGCUUGUUGAAGAGAAGCAGGAGAAGAAGGGACGCACGUUCCCAAUGACUCAGAACAGGGCGUUGCAGUUGCUCUAUGAUCUGCGUUAUUUGAAUAUAGUCCUAACAGCUAAGAGUGAGGAAGCAAAAACUAGCCGGAGCAAGCAGGACUCCAGGAUUGAGAAGGUGACAGACUUCUUAGAAGCCAACAUUGAUCCGUUUGACUUGGAUGUUUUUACUCCACAUUUAAAUAGCAGCCUUAACCGCCUGGUGCAACGAACCUCUGUCCUGUUUGGCCUACUCACUGGGGCAGAGAAUCAGUAUACCAAUAGAAGCAAUAAUUUGAGCUCCCAGGAGCCUUACAAUAUCUUGCCAUUAGCAUCUAGUCAAAUAAGAUUUGGACUUCUACCGCUUAGUAUGUCAAGCUCUCGAAAGACUAAAUCUGCUGUUAAAAACCCAGAAAAUCAGACUCAGGCAGGGCUCCUGUGUGGAGGACUGGGAGAGCCAAGGAAGACCUAGCUGCUUCAGGAAGUGGUAUUCCUAAACGCACUCAUCCCUCCAAGUCAUCACUGAACCCAUACCCCACUAUGGUGCAGUAGGGCACAGUCCUGACUGAUUUCAUUCAAUAAAGAUCCACUUCUCUAUUUAAGAGUAGAGACAUUUACCUAAAUGGGGGCCAACCUAUCACAUUCUGCUCCUUCAAGUUCAUGUAAUUCAGUGGGAGAACUUCUUGGCUUUAAUUGUUCUAAAGAGCACACUUGUUUCAAAACAAUUCAAUUUUAGAAAAAAUUAUCUACCUCCUGCUCCCAGGGUAUCUAGUAUAGUUUAGAAACAGUGACAUUUCUUCCAUACCUACCUGUGUGUUACUAGUUGUAGCUGCAGUGAUGUGUGUAUAUAUAGUUUAAUAGAAAGCCCCUUUUCUGAAUUACUAGCAGAUAUGCUCUCUCUGCCUUUUCUCAGAUCCCACCAUGUAAUGAAUCAUGUAAGAUUGUGUAGAGUACUUAAUCAAAAACUAUUGUCUAGGUAUAGGGACAGUGGUAUUUUAUCAUUUCUAAAGCACAGGAGAAAAUAGAGUAAGCCCCUUUCCUGGGCUAGUCAGUAAAAACAAUCACAUUAAGUGAUUCUUACAAGUCUUAAGUAGUUAACAGCAUACUGAUCUAGUUUAAAAAGUUGCACAGGGGGAAGCUCUAUGAUGCCAGGACCUAGAAACCCCUCUCUAGUACUAGAAAUCUAGUGUAGACAAGGCUUUUUAGGCUGAGUAAUCCUGUAUAUGUAGCUGGAGAGGCAGGGGUUCAGGUUAGACUUAGUUCCUACUCAGUUAUACAGUUCUUGAUUCUCUUACCUUACUGUGCCUCCCUGCAGCUGCUAACCACUGGCUGUGUGUGGAAUCAAUGUAAGAGACAGUAUAGCAGUCACUGAUUCUCUUUUAAAAAACACAGGUUCCACCUCCUUCAGUCAUAAGAGCAGAAGAGGAAACAUUCCGCCCCGGUUCCUUGUUCAGACAGCUUGCAACAGAGGAGGAGGACACAGCUGCACCAUCCCUGUUCAAACUGGGUUGGCUCUCUAGCAUGACCAAGUGAUCUAAUAAAAAGAUGAAACACUUAA